AUGCCAGCGAUGCGAACUAAUCGAAGUUCCGGCCCUAUUUCGGCUGGACAACGGUCGCUCAUUAACCCUCCGACCCUUAUUGAGUAUAAUAAUCUUCGUUUCUUGAUCGCAGAUGCUCCAUCAAACAAUAACUUAAACCUGUAUAUUCAGGAAUUUGAACGAUACAAUGUUACUGACGUCGUUCGUGUUUGCGAUCCUACUUACAACAGUGAGCCUCUCGAAAGUCGUGGAAUUAAAGUCCACGAUUGGGUGUUUGGUGAUGGUGAAGCUCCGCCAUCUCAAAUAGUUCACGAAUGGCUUGAUCUCGUACAAAAUCGAUUCACCGAGUGUUAUGAAGAUACGGAAAAUAGGCCUACGAUCGCUUGCCAUUGCGUCGCUGGACUUGGACGCGCUCCUGUGUUGGUGGCUAUAGCGUUGAUUGAGUCUGGUAUGUCACCUCUUGACAGUGUCUCAUAUAUUCGCCAACGACGUAGAGGUGCUAUUAAUAACAAACAGCUCAAAUAUAUUGAGAAUUACAAAAGAAGAUCCAAGUCCGGCAAAUGUGUUAUAUGUUGA